UCUCCUCUUUCGCACCUUCUCACAUUUCUCAAAUUUACAUAGACGAUGAUGGUUCUUAAAUCCAAACCCCAUAUGAUUAUCGUUUCCCGCUCUCCAGUUUUUGACACAACAACCCAUUCUUAUCCCGACGUCUCCGCAACCCAUUCUUAUCCCGACGUCUCCGAUCUCCCUUAUAAGCUCCUAUCUCUCUUGAAGCAGUGUAGUUCAUCCAAAUCAUUGAAACAGGUCCACUCUCAGAUGCUCAUCAAUUCCAUAGAUAAACCCAAUUUCCUCCUCUCCAAACUGGUCGAUCUCAAAGAUUUUGACUAUGCUUCUCUCCUCUUCUCUCAAACACCAGAACCCAAUGACUUCUCUUACAAUGUCAUGAUUCGUGGUCUAACCAACACAUGGCACAAAUUCUCUCUCGCUCUUCAAUUUUACUACCAAAUGAAGUUCUCAGGCCAAAAACCAAAUAAUUUCACCUACCCAUUUCUUCUAAUCACCUGUGCUAACCUCCCGUCGUUAGAUCAAGGUAAGAGGGCUCAUUCGUUGAUUUUCAAAUCUGCGCUGGACUCUGAUUGCCACACCAGGCACUCCUUGAUCACAAUGUAUGCGAGGUGUGGUGAGUUGGAUGAUGCACGGAAGGUGUUCGAUGAAAUUACUGACAGGGACUUGGUUUCUUGGAAUUCAAUGAUAUCUGGGUACUCGAAGAUGGGUUUUGCUACGGAGGCAGUGAGUUUGUAUAGGAGAAUGAGGCUGGCGGGUUUUAAGCCAGAUGAAAUGACUCUAGUGAGCGUUCUAGGAGCAUGCGGGGAUCUGGGAGAUUUGAGUUUGGGAAGAUGGGUUGAAGGGCUUGUGGAGGAACAGAAAAUCGAAUUGAAUUCUUUUGUGGGCACAUCAUUGAUUGAUAUGUAUGGGAAAUGUGGGGAUCUUGAUUCAGCGAUGAAAGUUUUCAAUAAAAUGUCGAAGAAAGAUAUUGUUGCAUGGAAUGCCAUGAUUACAGGAUAUGCACAAAAUGGGGCAUCAGAUGAAGCAAUCACGUUAUUCCAUCACAUGAGGGCAGCAGGUGUGGACCCUGAUAAGAUCACAUUGAUUGGAGUUCUAUCAGCCUGUGCCUCCAUAGGGGCCCUUGAUGUUGGGGAGUGGGUAGAUGCAUAUGCAUCACAGAAAGGUAUAAAACAUGAUAUUUAUGUUGGUACAGGCCUAAUAGAUAUGUAUGCCAAGUGUGGGAGCCUAGACCAUGCACGUAGAAUCUUUGGAGAGAUGCCCCGAAAAAAUGUGGUCUCUUGGAAUGCAAUGAUCUCUGCCCUUGCUGUUCAUGGGCAUGCCCUGGAGGCAAUAUCACUAUUUAAGAGAAUGACAGAGGAAGGUGGAGACAUACAUCCAAAUGACAUCACAUUUGUGGGUGUGCUCUCUGCAUGCGUGCAUGCUGGAUUGGUUGAUGAAGGCCGCAGGUGGUUUCAAAUGAUGGGACCAUCAUUUGGGCUGGUCCCUAAAAUUGAGCACUACUCUAGCAUGGUUGAUCUUUUGGCACGUGCUGGAUAUUUAAAUGAAGCAUGGGAAUUCAUUGAGAAGAUGCCUGAAAAGCCUGAUGCAGUCGUAUUAGGGGCACUCCUUGCUGCCUGUAGGAAUUUUGGAAAUGCUGAGGUUGGUGAACGUGUAAUCCUCCUGCUUCUGGAGUUGGAGCCUUCAAAUUCUGGAAACUAUAUUAUAUCAUCAAAGAUAUAUGCAAAUUCGAAGAGGUGGGAUGAUUCAGCAAGAAUGAGAGGGCUAAUGAGGGAGAGGGGUGUCACUAAAACUCCUGGUUGCAGCUGGAUUGAGAUCGAGAAUAAAGUCCAUGAAUUUCAUGCAGGUGAGGGUUUGUAUCUUAAUUCAAGAGAAAUUUACUAUGUUAUUGACUUGUUAACUCAGGAGAUGAAGAUGGAGGGAUACCCUCCAAAAAUCAAUUUUGUAUAGCAAGAAGAUGGAAAAGCUUUCUUUGAUUCAACCAAAUUCACAAAUGACAAAACGACGUCAUUGUAUUUGGGUAUUUUAUCAGAAUUAUUAACUAAUGUGACCUCCUUGGAAUUACACCUGCAUGGUAUUAUGGAAUGAGGGAAUGGUUCAUUACAUUUACAAACCAUGCAUCAUCCUCAGUGCAUCAAUCUGGAUAGCUAAACAAGCUGAUUACCAAACGGAAGGUUAGUACAGGCCGUCGCAAGAGUUUGGUUAGCCCACCGCCUAAAUGUUUUGAAUUCCUACAUAAUAGGUAUGAAUGGAUAGCCAGAAAUUACUCCAAGUCAGUCUCAUGCUUGUGGGGGAAGUUGCAAUGAUUGGUCUUGGUGAUGCUACUUUUAAAUCUUGAGAAGGGAAAGGUUUCUUCUCUGAGGAGUUCACUUGUCGGCUCAUAAGAUCAAUUGCAAGUACUCUAUUGCACACUUGGGCUAAAGUCGGCAGAAUUGCAUUAUCAAAAAAUCUAGCAAGUGUCUAGGAAGUUACUAAAGUCAGAUUGGUUAAGGUCUCAGAUGUUGUGAGGGAAGAUUGCUUAUGCAUAAAAAACUGAAACUUGUUACUGCCAUAACAAAUUAAGACAGUGAGGAACUGAUCAAUAUGCAUCAUUAACAUCUGAAAUGUACAUGAAAAAAGUGAAUGUAGAAAUUGAGGGUCACCAAACAAUGCUCAUUUGACCAUUGUUGUUCUUGAUUGAUCUCAGAAAGGAGGAGCAGAAACAGGGGCAAUAUUGUAGGAAAGCUGCUUCUUGAAUGAUGCAGCUGUGCUGUUUGGACUGCUUUUGAGGUUGGAGGGGGACAUCUCCAAAGAAUACAUAUUUGAAAAUUGUUGGUCUUGAUUGAGCUCAAAGAUAAGAAGGGAACACUGAUUUUAACUCCCAAAUCCGAAGUAGAAGAUGACCCAUGCUCUGUUUCCUUAGAUAUGCUUCCCCUUAUAUAAGAAUCCAGUCUAACAAUAUCAUGGAAACCAUCUAAUUUUUCCAUCAAGGUAAAAAAUUCUCUUGCUUUUCUUGGAGUAGAUGCCCUUGUCCUUUGAUGGUCAAUCAUGUGACCUGAAAAGGCCAUUUUCUUGUAUGUAUUUAUGAUUCAACGGAUUAAUUGGUUCACUCAUUCAUUUAAUAUUUACAUAUGUGAUUUUCUAUUGGAUUUC